GGCUUGGAGAGGGACUUUAUAACGGGCAGGCUGAGAUGGCUCAUUCUCAGCCUGGAGACAGUGCUGCAAGACUUAGACCAGUGCGCCUCAGCACCAAGUGCACAUCUACCAGUGCAGAUGGCUCCACAGACUGGCUCCACCAGAAAGGAGACACGACCCGUUUCAGCCUUUCUGCAGCUUUUCACUUGGGAAGAGAUCAGGAUGCACAAUGGCCAUGGGCAAGGACAGGAGCAAUGGCUGGUGAUUGACAGGAAAGUGUAUGAUGUCAGCAAGUUUUCCAAGCGACAUCCUGGAGGCAGCCGAGUUCUAAGGCACUAUGCUGGGCAAGAUGCUACGGAUGCCUUUAUUGCAUUCCAUAAUGAUAAGUCCUUGGUGGAAAGAUACUUGAAAUCACUGCUGAUUGGGGAACUGGCACCAGAUCAACCCAGCUUUGAGUCUAAUAAAAAAAAAGCACUUUUAGAGGAUUUUCGUGAGCUGCGCUGCUCUGUUGAGAAGAUGGGACUUCUGAGGCCAAAUUACACCUUUUUCUUCCUGAUUUUCCUUCACCUCCUGGUACUGGAUGUCGCAUCCUGGCUCGUGGUCUGGCACUUUGGAAUAUCCUUUGUGCCUUUCGUGGUUGGCAUGGCGUUCUUCACCACUGCCCAGAUCCAGAUGGGCUGGUUCCAACAUGAUCUGGGGCACUGCUCUGUCUUCAGGAAGCCUAAAUGGAAUCGACUUCUGCAGAUUGUGGUGAUAAAUGUUCUGAAGGGGUUACCAGCCAGCUGGUGGAAUCACCUACACAACCAGCACCAUGCCAAACCCAACUGCUUCCGCAAAGACCCUGACCUCAACAUGCACCCUCUCCUCUUCAGCUUGGGAAAGACACUCUCUGUGGAGCUUGGAAAAAAGAAGAAGAAGUUCAUGCCUUACAAUUAUCAGCAUAAGUAUUUCAUCUUAUUGGCCCCACUUGCACUCGUGCCCUUCUUCCAGCUGUCUAUAUUCUACUUUUCAAUCAAGAGGAAAAAGUGGUUGGACCUCUUCUUGAUUGUGACUUUCAACAUCCGAGUGUGCCUCAUGUAUAUUCCUUUAAUGGGAUUUAACAACUUCAUGAUUUACUACUGGGUGUCCAGGUUCCUGGAGAGUACCUGGUUUAUUUGGGUAUCACAGAUGAAUCACAUUCCAAUGCACAUUGAUUAUGAUACGAAUAAAGACUGGAUAUCUACUCAGCUCCACGCAACGUGCAACGUGAAGCAAUCUUUGUUCAAUGACUGGUUCACUGGGCACCUCAACUUCCAAAUUGAGCACCACCUUUUCCCCACAAUGCCUCGACACAACUACUGCAAAGUAGCUCCUCUGGUGAAAGCCCUUUGUGAUAAGCAUGGCAUUGAGUAUAAAAGCAAGACUUUACUGACAGCAUUUUCAGAUAUAUUGCAUUCACUGAAGGAUUCUGGGGAGCACUGGCUUGAAGCUUAUCUGCAUGGAUAAAAACUGGCAACUCUCAAAGAGAACCUCUUCACCAGGGAACUGCUGCAGAGUCAGCACAGACCAGCAGUGUGUUUGUGUCUUCUGGCAUAGAAACUUGGGAGCUGGGCAAAGCUAACUGCAGUAAGAAUGAGUGGUAAAGUGGUUUCAAGAGACGUUUUUCCUUGUUCUCAACCAUGGACCUCUGUUUUUCCUGUUCUCAAAAUCAGAACAUAGAGCCAUGAUGAA